AUGGAAGGCAAGGUGAUUUUAAGCAGUUCCGACGGUCAAGUAUUCGAAGUAGAUAUGAAAGUGGCCAUGAUAUCGCAAACCUUAAGUAAUAUGUUAAAGGAUACAGAGGAUACAGGUAGUGAGACAGCUCCCAUCAAAUUGGCAAAUGUUUCCAGUAGAAUUUUUAAUCUUAUUAUCGAAUACGGCAAAUACCAUGUUGAAGCCCAAAAGUCGGAUACAAGCGGACCAACUGCGGAUUUGAAGAAACGGGUUAGGGAGUUGGUAGCUGAUGAUAAAGACACUCUCUUCCAGUUGAUGAUCGCAGCAAAUUUCCUUCACAUUCAGAGUCUUCUUGAUUUAUCAUACCAGAUUGUGGCUGAGGACAUUGCAGCAUGUAAAGACCAACAAAUGAUUCGCCAAAAAUAUAACAUAGAAAAUGACUAUAGUCCUGAAGAGGAGGAAGAGGUUUUAAAGCUGCAUAAUAUAUUUGAAUGA